AUGGCCAACCUCCGGGAGGCACAGGAACGAAAAGCGCGUGAGGCACGUGAGGAGCAGGAGGCCGCCCGCCUGGAGAAGGCGGAGGCAGACAAGACGGAGGCCACCGCGCUGAAGAAGCUGGUGGAGGCCGAGGCCGAUGCUGCCGUGAAGAAGCGGCUUGAAGAAGCCGCGCGCCGCCAGGAGCCGCUAUUCGUCGUUCCUUUGAAUUCCGCACCGCCUCCACCAGAGUUCACGGCGCUGACUGGAGGAGCCGGCGACAAGCACCCGAUCAUGGAGAGGGAAGGCGGCGACGUUGUCAUGCCGGACGUAGUCGUGCCUCCGCCACCGCCGUCCGAAGGAGUGCGGGACAAGCAGCUGGCUGACCCGCCGGUGCCACCAGCCGGAGACGAGAUGGUGACGGGCCCGACUCCUGGGGCCCUCACACCAAUGUGUCGUCGCUUUGCGAAGGCGGCCUCAGCGCCACGACCGCUGGAAGCCAGCGCUGCGAGCUCAUCAAUCCCCGACGCCGAGGCGACCGGCGCCGCACCCGCUCACUGGGUGCGGGGAGGCGGGACGGGCCCCUUGAAUCAGGCGAUCCUGGACGUCCAAGGCAAUCUCCGAGCCGAGGCCAACACUCUGAAGCGGUGCAAUAAGGCCUUCUUGGAAUCGCAUGCAGCCAUCCGGGCCAACGCCGCCCUGCAGCAGCAGCAGUUGGGCGAAGCCAACACCGCGCUGCGUGCCAAGGAGGCAGACUGCAGCAAGCUAGCCGAGGAGCGUGACCGGCUGGUCACGCAACUGGCAGAGCAGGCGGAGCUUCUCAAGAAAGCCCAGUAG